UGCCUAACAGUGCCAGUCAGUGCUACUUAUCAGUGCUGCCUAUCAGUGCCAGUCAGUGCUGCCUAUCAGUGCCAUCAGUGCCUCCUCAUCAGUGCCCAUCAGUGCCACCUAUCAGUACACAUCCAGUGCAGCUUAUCAGUGCCCAUCACUGCAGCCUUAUUAGCACACAUCAGUGAAGGAGAAAAAUCACUUAUUUACAAAAUUUUAUAACAG